AUGGAUUAAAUAAUUGAAUUAAUAUAAUGGUCAGCCUAACCAGACAAUUAGAUUUAAAAAUAAGUUUAUAAACGAGCUUAAGAAUUAAGUUAAGAUACAUAAUUUUUGAUUCAUCUAUGUUCUGUUAUUAUUGGAAAUUAUGAUGCAGAAAUUAGAUAUAGGGCUGCUGUCAUAUUGAAAAGUGCAAUUAAAAAUUGUUCAACUUUACCUGAAUAAUUAUAAUAAAUGCUUGUUGAAAUCGAUUUGAGUAUUUAAAUAAUGAGAUAAGCAUUUAUUAUUAUUGUUCCAGAAGUUGUUGUUAGAAAUGGGAUUAAAAGUAAGUAAAUUAAAUUUAAUUUUAGAUAGCAAUUUCAUGAUGGAAUAUCUAAUUAAAUUAAUAGAUAUUGAUACUAUUAUUGCAACUGAUUGCUUAUCUAAAAUUAUUGAGGAUUUAAAAUUCAAUUCUGAAAAUAUUAAUUAUUAUGGAACAGACUCAGGUUUGUAAUUAAUUGAUCAACUUAUUUUAAAAUUUAUUUCCUUAGUUGAGCAUUCUAAUACAUAAGUUGUUGUAAAUUCCUUAAAUUUUUUAAACUAUAAUAUUUUCUUUAUGCCACCUUCAUUAAAUCAAUAUAUUGAUUGUUACAUUAAAAUUUUAAUAACAGGCACUUAAUCUUCAGAACAAUAAAUUAGACUAAAAUGCUUUCAAGGCAUUCAAGCUUUAAUAGAAACAAAAAGAGAUAAAAUAAAGGACAUGAAUUUAAUUAUAAUGGCAUGUGUUUAAUCUAUAUAAGAUCCAGACAAAGAAGUAGUUCGAUUUGUUGAACUAUGUUUAACAGAUUUUUUAAGAAUUGAUGAUGCAGAAGAUUAUGAAUAAACUCACUUACUUAAACCUUAUUUACAAUAAAUAAUGUCACCUAUAAUUCUUAAUCUUGUUAUUACAAAAACUGAUUAAAUAGCAAUAUAACCAACUUUUUCAAAUGUAUAUAAUCAAAACGAUAAAAAUGAAGAAGAGGAAGAAUAAGAAGAAAAAACUUUAGGAGAAUAUUCAUUAAGAUCUGUGACAAAUCAAUUGCUUAAAAAACUAAUAGAAUUUUAUGACAAAAUCAUUGUUCCCAUUACUUUACAAAUUAUUGAUCAAUUGCAAUAAUCAUAAGAUUGGAGAUAAUAAGAAAUUGCUAUAAUUUGUCUUGGAUUAUUUGCAGAGAAAAUAAUGGAAAAUCAUGCCAAUCUUGUGCCAAAUAUAUUAAUGUCCCUAUUUCAUGAAAAGAAUAAAUAAAAUGAAUAUAUUUAUGCUUCAACAUUAUGGACUUUUUCUCAAUAUAAUGAAUGGAUUAAAACAAUUGCUAUCAAUGAGACUUAAUUUAUUUAAUCCUAUUUGAAAUUAUUAUUGAUUUCGAUAGAAAAUUAAUCAAUGUAUAUCUUUAAUUUUAUUAUUUAGAAUAGUUAAAGAAUCUGCCUGUUCAGCACUGAAUUCAUUAUCAAAAGAUGCAUUCUUCAUAUUACAACCCUACUUGUUAGAUUUAUUCUAAGUUUAUCUAAAAGCUUUGUCUUAAAAAGGAGGAGUGUUGCUAUACAUUUAUUAAUCAAUAGCAACAAUAUUAGCUGAAUGUGAAACAAUAGAUAAUUAAGAAUUAAUAGAUUUAAUAAUGACUAAAUUAAUCAAUAAUUUAGUUGAUUUAAAUGAUUAUAAUAUUUGUCCACUUUACGGUAUUAAUAUAUCAUUUAAUUAUAGAAUGUUUAGCAGAAGCAGUUGAAAAAUUUGGAUAAAGAGCAAUCAAAUAUAUUUAAAUAAUUUAUUAAGCAAUUAUCUAAUCUAUGAAUGGUUAUGUUUAAUCUAUUUAAAAUGGAAAGACACGCUAUUUAUAUUAAUAAAAGGAGAUUUUAAAGCGGUCUUUUGAUUUGUGUGUAAAGAUUAUCGAUAUCACAAAAGAAAGAUUCUUAGAAUUAACUGAUUAAUCUUUUUUAUAAAUUGUUGAUCUUGCUUUGUAAGAUUCUGAGACUGAUGUCAAACAAUAUGCAUUAUCUUUAAUAGGUGAUUUAAUUAAAAACUGUUAUGCAAUUUUUAAAAAUGCUAAUAUUGCAAUUAUAUUGUAAAAAUAUUAUUAAAAUUAGAAAUGAAUACAUAUUUGCAUAAUCAAUAAGUAUUGAUUCUUCUAAAUUAUUUUUGGCAACUUCAAAUAAUGCAGCUUGGGCUUUAGGAGAAUUGGCUAUAAAAGAUCCAGGAAAAAUAACAGUUAUUUUUAAUGUAGUAAUGGAAAAGUUGAUAAAAAUAAUAAAUGAACCAAAAUUCCCAAAAUAUAUAGCAUAAAAUUUAUGUAUAGCAAUAUGCAGGUUAGCUGGAUCACAUUUAUCAUAAAUUGAAGAAUUGAUACCUAAUUUUUUUAAAAGAGUUUGUUUAAUACUUAGUUAAAUAAAAAGUUCAUAAUUAGAAGAAUACAAAGAGGAAUCCUUUAAGUAUGAGAAUGUGUUAAAUUUAGGAUCUUAAUAAAUAUAGUAAAAAUGUAUCCAGGGAGAGUAAUAAACGACAUUAAAUAUUUUGUUUAUUGCAUAGUUGUUUCUACAGAGUUUCCAUCUAUAAAACCACUUUUUAUUAAUAUAUUAUAAGAAUUGAAAUAGUCUUUUGGCUAACAGAAAUUUGAUAGUAUGUUUAGUAGUGAAGAUUUGCCUCAAGGUUUUAGGUUGAAAAUGAUAAAUAUAUAUGGUGUGUGA